AUGUUUAGGCGACGCUUUCGUGCUUGUCGUUGUGUGACCUGCAUAACUCCUAAUCACGAUAUACCAUAUGGAGUUAACGAAGGAAAUGAUUUUUGUCAACAAGAGUUAGAUCCGAAACAGAACCCGGUGGCACACUGCUGGUCCGAACAGACCCAUCACAAACGGAAGUUCUGUAACGUAUGCCGGAAGAGGUUAGAAGACAGCAGCCUAUCGUCUCAUUGCGAAAUCUGUGAGUACUUUGUCCACGCCGAGUGCCAAGACUUCGCAUUAGCCGAUUGCAAGGAGAAUGCGACUUACCUUCCUGGGAAAGAACUGUCUCUGGUCCACCAUGAACACCACUGGCGAGAGGGCAACCUUCCAAACGGCUCCAAAUGCGCCGCAUGCAAGAAAGUCUGCGGCUCCUUUGAAUGCCUCUCCGGAUUCCGCUGCGAGUGGUGCGGGCUUACGUCUCACGCGGUAUGUCGGAAAACAGUCAGCAGCUUGUACCCCGAGUGCCAGUUUGGCAACCUCCAACCGAUCUACCUCCCGCCGCACGCCGUCAGCAUUCCAAGAACCGAAGUACCCAUGGAGGCCAUCAUUGGUGUUCAAGUCCGGAGGAAGGAAACCUUGUCACCAAGGAGCACUUCAGAGGAGUUCAGCAGUGGUGAGUGUAAGUACAGAGAGAACGAGGAUUAUGUCCAUUCCAGGGAGAAAAAAGAUAAGGAAGACAGAGAUGAAGAGUGCAUUAAAGUCUACGAUGGGAACAACUCUAUCAAGAGGCGUAUUUUUAGAACCAUAACAGUUUCGAGGCUGGCGACAACAGAGCACAUCCUGACGCAGGCACUGAGGGCUUUCCACAUUACAAAAGAUCCUUCAAGCUUCUAUCUGACGGAUUUGUACGCUACAAAUGAAAUGCUGCUAUCAGACCCUAGUCCUGUCCAAUCGUUGACGAGAAGAGAAGGAAAAAGGCCGGCAGUUUUUCUAAGAUUUCACGACAGCAACAGCGGCGAGGUUCGAGUUUAUCCUGGAAAGUUACAAGUCAGUCAGCCAUUUUGCACAAUUCAAGUAAACGCAGAAUCAACAAUAACUGAUCUCAUAAGAGAAGCGCUUAUUAAAUUUGGGCUUGAAAAUCUUAGGCCUGAAGAUUUUAGAUUAAGUGAGAUCCUUCUCGAUCGAGGGGUUACUGAAAGGGUUCUCGGCAGAGAGGAGAAGCCAUGGGAUAUAAUGAAAGCUUUAAGCAAAGAUUCGAUAAGGCAAAUGGAACUCAUGAGGUUUUACCUUCAAAUGAAAGAAGACCCUCAUGGUCCCAACCUGGCUUUGUUUGUCGGAAAUCUACCGCCAUCUUUGUCACAAAAAACCUAUGAAACCAUACUUAUAGAUUUCCUUGGAAGAGAAAACAAAUUCUCAUCUAUUGGCCCAAUUUAUUACGAGUAUGGUUCCAUGGUUAUUACGUACGCAGAUGCAAAAAAGGCUGUGAGAGCACUAUAUACGCUAAGAGAAUCUUCUUAUGAAGAGAAACAACUUCUAGUUAUGCUGCUACCUAAUAUUGAACCUCGGAUGGUACCUGGUGGCGUCAAACCUCUUCUCGUGUUCGUAAAUGUCAAGUCAGGAGGCUGCCAGGGAUUGGAACUGAUAACUUCCUUUAGAAAACUGCUUAACCCGUAUCAAGUAUUUGACUUAGACAAUGGUGGACCAUUGCCUGGUCUUUAUGUCUUCCGCCAUAUAAAGGAUUAUAAAAUUCUCGUGUGCGGAGGUGAUGGCACAAUCGGAUGGGUUCUACAAUGUUUAGACAAUGUCGGACAGGACAGUGAGUGCUCAUCUCCUCCAUGCGCUAUCGUCCCCUUAGGAACAGGUAACGAUCUGGCGAGAGUAUUACGCUGGGGCCCAGGUUACACUGGUGGAGAAGAUCCUUUAAAUUUGCUACGCGAUGUAAUAGAUGCAGAAGAAAUAAGACUAGACAGAUGGACAGUUGUCUUCCAUCCGGAGGACAAAGGUGGCGAGGAUAAAGCUACACAGCACAAUUCGACAGGUUGUAGGAAGAGGAAAGUGACUACCACAGUCAAUAGUGAGUUUUGUUUGUCUCUACAAACUAGAACUAUCAAAAUCGAUAGAACCUCUAUCCAUAAACCACUCUCUCUGCCCCGUUCAUCAAGAGGAAACAAAAUCAAACUCAUUAGCUCAACCAGUGAAGAAGUAUCGUCUGUAAUGGUAAUGAACAAUUACUUCGGAAUCGGAAUUGAUGCUGAUCUCUGCUUGGACUUCCACAACGCAAGAGAAGAAAAUCCUAAUAAGUUCAAUUCGAGAUUGCACAAUAAAAGUGUUUAUGUUAAGAUGGGUCUGAGAAAAAUGGUUGGCAGAAAAAUGUGCAAGGAUCUACAGAGAGAAAUUAGAUUAGAAGUCGACGGUAAACUUGUAGACCUUCCACCUGUCGAAGGAAUUAUCAUUCUAAAUAUUCUCAGUUGGGGCUCUGGAGCGAAUCCAUGGGGAGUGGAAAAAGAAGAGCAAUUUCAGAAACCGAACCACUGGGACGGGAUGCUGGAAGUAGUCGGAGUCACUGGUGUAGUUCAUCUGGGUCAGAUACAGUCUGGUAUGCGUUCUGCGAUGAGAAUAGCUCAGGGAGGACACAUCAAAAUUCACAUCCACGCUGAUAUGCCAGUGCAGGUGGAUGGAGAGCCGUGGGUUCAGGCACCUUGUGAUGUAGUUGUCCUCAAGUCAGCGCUCAAGGCAACUAUGCUGAAGAAGAUGAAAGGAAAGAUGAAGAGGCGGAACACUGAACCGUUCAUGCAGCAGGGGGCGGUCGGCCAAGGGGCUGCGGCACUCAGCAUCCCAGUCGUCACCGAGACGACGGAUAAUGUCAACCAUAACAACGAGUUCUAG